UCCGGUCAGCAGGUGGAGCUGUGGAGCUGGAGCGCUCCGGCUCCGUGUUUUGUUUCUGUAUCAGUGAGGAGGCGCUGCAGGGGACUGUGAUGGAGCCGGAUAAGAAAGAGCAGUACCGCAGUCCCGGACUGAGAGGAGUGAAGAGCACCACACUGUUCAGAGCAGUGAAUCCAGAGCUCUUCAUCAAACCUAAUAAACCAGUGAUGGCGUUUGGCUUGAUCACCCUGACGCUGUGUGUGGGGUAUCUGGGGUAUCUGCAUGCGGUGAAGGAGAACACGCAGGAGCUAUAUGAAGCCAUAGACAGCGAGGGGGAGAAAUACAUGCGCAGAAAAAGCUCCAAAUGGGACUGAUGGAUUUCUUCUGGUGGAAGCUGCUCUCUGCUUGCUCUAUUCUCCUCCACAGCUUUUGUUCAUUAUAAUUUAAUGCAUAAAUUACACUAUAUCAGUGGUUGUAUAGGAAUCACUGUUUCUCAGCACCGGGCCUGUAAUCCAUUGAACAGAUUGGAGUUUUCAGGCUCUGAUACUCUUAAUCCAUCUCCAAAAGGACUUUAUAGUUAACUCAUAAUGAGGCCUAUUGGUGUAUGUUUUCAGAUAAACAGAAUGAUUUUGUUUUAUUAUGUUUAUGGCCUAUUUUUGUCUAAAUAUAAUGAACAGGAGUGUAUUUGUGUCAAAGCUGCUUUGGGUUCUUUAAAUGUAAAUUCUGAUUAUAUUUAUGUUUCCUAAUAAAAUAAGUUGUAUUUGCACAUACACAA